UUUCCUUACUAGUAGGCGUGUCUGAAAGAACAGCUUUCACUUCUGUCUGGCUGCUGCACCUCGCUGAACUAAGUCCUUCUUGAGAGAUGAGUUUCUACAGUGAUGCGUCCACCGAAGACAUGACUGACGAGUUAGAGACUUUGUGGUGGUACCAUUAUGACCUGUCCCGCCAUGCUGCAGAGGCCCUCCUCUUGUCCAAUGGAACUGAUGGAAGUUAUCUCCUGAGAAACGGUAAUGAGGGACCAGGCUGCUUCGCCUUGUCUGUCAGGGCAAAGGAUUCCGUCAAGCAUUUUCACGUGACACGCAAAGACAAUGGCUAUGUGUUUGGGUUUAACGAGUUUGCCACCCUUCAAGAUUUUGUCAAUCACUUUGCUAACCAGCCUCUGCUGGGCAGUGACACAGGAACCCUCAUCGUGCUGAAGUGUCCAUACCCACGGCGUGUGGAGGAGCCAUCUAUCUACGAGUCUGUGCGAGUUCACACAGCCAUACAGACAGGCCGCACAGAAAACGAUCUGGUGCCAAAUGCACCGUCGCUGGGCACAAAGGAAGGCUAUCUGGUCAAACAAGGAGCAAUUGUGAAGAACUGGAAACAGAGGUGGUUCACACUCAACAGAUAUGAACUCAGAUACUUCAAAGACAAAAUGUGUGUGGAGCCCAUACGAACUCUAGACUUGAGAGCCUGCUCUGCAGUCCAGUUUGACUACUCUCAGGAUAGAGUCAACUGUUUCUGCCUGGUGUUUCCUGAGAGGACAUUUUAUCUCUGUGCAAAGACCGGUGUGGAGGCAGACGAGUGGAUCAAGAUCCUGAGGUGGAAACUGUCACAGAUAAGAAAAGGUCAAUGUCAGUGAAGACGCUGGAGAUGGAAAGCCGCCCCACCUUCAGAGAAGACUUCACAUCAGCUGGAUGAACAAUGAGGAAUAGCACUAUUAUAAACCUGAGAUUAAGCACGAGUGUGAACAACACUGGGACCCUGGAGGCAAACAGCUUGGAUGUGACUCACUUUGCUUCAUGACAUAUUUCUUGAGUUCAAACAUGCUUCUUUUCCCGUUUUUUCCUGUUAGGAGUCAUACUUUGCUGUUUUUCCCCAGAUGAUGUUUGUUUCUGGUAUGUUUAACACCAACAUCUACUUGAACAAUUAUUUAAAGGAUAUUGCUAGCAUUAUUCUAUAACACCAAAACCCACAUGUGUUUGUCCAUCAAUACUUUCUGACUUCUUGCCUGGUCUGUGGCUCUCAGCUCCAGCUCUUAGAGUCAUCAGAAAACUCUACUGAGCAUUGCGGCUUGUGGAAUGUGGGACUAGCACUUGGGGUGGGGGGGCAAGGCCAAGGCCGAAAUACAUGGAAAUAUAAGGCUCUGUGGGUCCCCAGUAUCCAAGGUCAUAGGUUCUAAUAAUCUGUGGCUUUAGCUCAGCCAAAGCUAAGGUAUUUUUAAGGGGGUAUGGUCCUUUACUCCUUUAAGAGUACUUUGUACAGAAAGAAAGCUCAAAACUCUUCUUCAGAUAUAUAAAAUACAAUUCAACAUUUAAGUAAGAGUUCCAGUUUUUCCGGUAUUCUUUACAUUUUUGUGAGUGAGAAAGUAAAUGUUUCCUUAAUAUAGAUUUCUUGAACUAUUUCUAUCCAUUCAGGGACUGAUUGAGGCUGCUUAUUCAGCCAUUUCUUGGUUAUUGCCUUUUAACUACAUACGAAUAGUAUUUGCAGUAAGUACCUGUCCUGCUUUUUCAGCCCACUUGGCAAGUUUUCUUAAUACAAAACACUAAAAUUAAAUCAAGCCUAUGGCUAAUGACUGAUCUGGGCCGGUAUUUAUCAAGCUUCUCAAAGUGCCGUUUUAGUAUUAAGUGCUGAGAAUUCAUGAAAUUUACUCGUACUUUUAAACUCAAGAAUAAAAGAGAGGUCUCUCAAGUAGUUAGGUGCUGCCAGUAGGGGUUUGUGAUGGCGCUGUGGAGACAGUUAAUAAGACGGGGUUGGACAGCGCAGGCAUAAUCUUUGUCAGUGAGUUGGUGAGGGACGUCAUCUCACCACUGACUUUACGCAGUAAUGCGUUUUCAGUUAAACUGAAGGUGGUGAUGACGCAGCAGUGCUGAUGAUUUUGGCCGUCACAACCAUCAAUAAGCCGAAUGAUCAUGGAAACAAUUUAUGGCACUUAGGCUACAGCUCCGCACAUUGUCACGCGUUUCAUUGACAACAACAACCCCCGUAAUCCGACAGAAGCAGACACAGUUCAUGCAAAUAGCCGGCAAUACAGGAGUAGUAGGUGCAGUUGAUGGCACUCAUAUAAAGAUCAACUUUUUUAUCUUUUGUAGGCCUAUAUCAGAAUGUAUUCUCUUGAAAAGAGAAAAAAGUUAUUGUUAAACGUGUGUUAAACAUAUAUAUAAACUCCUCUUAGGAAUUUCACCAUUCAAUGUGAAUUUAUCUCAUUGUUAUUCUUUUAUUAUUAUUAUUAUUCUUAAAGAAGGAAAUCUCUUAAGUGAUUGGUCCUCGGUGACAUCGUCAUCCAAAAUCCUGUUUGCGGCACAGCAAAGUGUUGUGAAUCAGCACUAAGACUGACACUUAAGAUUUAGUCCUACACUUCACUCAAAUUAGGACUAGGAUGCUUGAUAACUAACUUUUAUGCACAGCUUUGAGCCAAGAAGUUUUCCACUCCGAAGUCAGUUCUUUGCAGUGUUCUUAGAAGUAUCUGGGAAGCUUGAUAAAUUCGAGACCUGGUCUCUGUUACCACAUCUACCCAGUAAGAACAGAUUCAAGAGAACACCCAAAAAUGUGAAAAUGAUAAGCAGAUGCAUUACCACACAUUCUCCAGCAGUGGUCAUGUUCAGGUUUGCUGCUUUGUAAACAUUUUAUUUUAGAAGUAAUGAAAAACCUUUAAAAUGUUUUUCAAGGUGAAUUCCCUCCACAAAUCUGAGCUUGAGGUGCUAGUCUAUGUCUUACAUAUGUUUAACCAGUCAUCUUCACUUAAUUUUAUGUUUCCUUCUUUUUCCCCACAUAGUUGAAAGAUCCCUUUCCAUUUGUAAACAUGCAUACAUGCUGGAAAUUAAUUUUCUGUUAAUAUUACCUUUAUUUGCCCCAAUGAAUAUCUUUAUCAGACUGUUCCUUUAUCUCCAGUACUAAUACUUUUGUCAAGGUAAUGUCUCAAUUAAAGAUACAACCCAAAAAUCAUGUUUCUCUAAAUUAUAAGUCUCAGUGAGAUGUUAAAUGUAUUUUACAUGUUCAGUGUGAAAUAUUUCUGAGGAUUUAUUGUGUCUAAAGGCCUUACAUAAUGAACCGCAGGUCCUCUUAAGUGGACGCCACCAUGUUUUUACAGUAGCCGAAAAUGGACAAACCGCACUACAGAGCGUGUCACUAUGUUGUUGUUUUUGUUCUUGUAGAAUUCCGCCAAUGUGACAAGAGGAAAUAAUAAUAAUAUAUAGUCUCUGAGUAGUCAUCUGGUUUAUUAGAAGUAGGAAGUGAAGUGAAAUUUAGACAAAUGGAGGACCACACGUGUUAUUUAGAUGAAGCUAGACAAAGUCGGGACAGAUGCAGACAGAGGACUGCAGAAAGGACAUGGUUGGACAUGGUUUUGUCUCAAGGCUUCAGGUGCAGACGAAGCAUCUCUCUCGCUGCUCAAUAGAGCUGCUCAAGCAGCCCACAGAACGACGGAUGGCCAGUCCCACUAUGUUCUGAACCAUUAGCAGCUCAUUUACAUGUGCAAGUGUAAUAAUAUUUUUGCAACAUUUUUGAGCUGCAGAGGCAGCUGAGAAAUGCCAAGGAUCGUGAAGUAAUUUCAGAGGAACUACAGCUAAACCUAUUCUGGUAGGUUUUCUUCUUUUUAUAUAAGAAUAUGCAGUGGGUUUUAUUUCACACUGGCAGUAGAUAACAAAAACUACCAAAAACAUUUUCAUUUACAAGGUACAAGGUAAAUAUGUUUGACAUAAACAGGUUUGUAAAAUGAGAUGCAGUUUGUAGUUACAAAGCCAACGUGAUAUACAAAAUCAUAAAAUCAUAUACAAAAA